AUGAAAAUGUAAUUUUAUAAUAUGAUGAUUGAAGUUUACUUGAUUAAUAGGAAAAACAUGAAGAAUAAGUAGAUAGUAAUGAUGAGAGCUUAAACUUAUUAACUAGAUAAGACAAAGUUGAUCACCUACAGAGAAUUUAUGGAUGCUAUCAAGGGGUUGAAGGAUUCAUUGUAUCAAUCAAACGAGGUCGCCCUCCCCUUCAAAAUUAGAGGAUAUAAGUAUUCAAGAUAUUAAACAGAACCAUUUUACCAAAAAAUUGAUGGAGUUCAGAGCCAUUCCUAGAAUCAUGUAAACCAUCAUCGAACAGCAGAUUAAAGAUAGAUUAAAAAUUAGCUCGGUAAUCAUUUCAAUUUCAACAUUGAAGAUCUCGAAAAGAUCGACAUAAGUGGUAUAGAUAAGUAUUUUAAGGAUUAAGAAAACAUGAAAAAUGAUCAGCUGAUCAGAAAGUUCCAAAGUAAUGCUAGUUAUAAACUAAAAAAAGUAAAGGAGUCGAUCUAAAGUGAUAGAGAACAAAUAUCAUAAAUGAGGUAUGAGGAGUUAACUUUGUUCUAGACAAGAAAGAGGAAUAAUAAUGGCAUCAAACUUCCUGAGAUUAAUAAUUAGGCCAUAAAAUAAGAAAUGCUUUUGGAAAAAAUAAAGUAGGAAUUUAGUUGA